AUGGCUACUCCUCAGCCCCAGAUGGAGCCCGGUUACCUGGCCGAGAGCAACGCUGCCAUCAACUCGCAGAUCCAGCUGCAGCUGUAUGCCGCUUACAUCUACCUUUCCAUGGCUUUCUUCUGCAAUCAAGAUGAAGUGGCCCUGGUGAACUUCGCGCUCUACUUCCUUUGCCAGUCCCAGAAGUGGAUGCAGAACACCGAGAAGCUAUUCCACUUCCUGGUCCAGCGCAAUGGCUCCCUCAUCCUUGGAAGAAUUGCCGAUCAAGAACGCCACGACUGGUGCGAUGGCCUCAUGGCGAUGGAGUGUGCCUUCCACCUGGAGAAGACGCUCAACCAGAGCCUCCUGCAGCUGUACCAGCUGGCUAACAGCAAAGGCGAUGCCUGCCUCUGCAGCUUCCUGAAGCGCCAUUUUCUCCAACAGCAGGUCAAAAUCAUCAAGGAGAUGGGUGGCUACAUGACCAACCUGCGCCAGUUGGGGGCUCCAGGAAAUCGCCUGGCUGAGCACUUCUUCGACAGGCUCACCCUGGGAGAGAGCAUCAAGGAGAACUGA